AGGCGGCAGGAGCGGCUGCUCGGCCCGGAGCGGACGGCGGCACCCGGCGGCAGCUCCGGCGACAUGUGCGGCGGACGGGGAAGCAUUUGGCUGGUUCUGGCCGCGGCGCUGCUGCACGUGUCCCUGCAAGGCGAGUUCCAGAGGAGGCUGUACAAGGAGCUGGUCAAGAACUACAACCCGCUGGAGAGGCCGGUGGCCAACGACUCGCAACCGCUCACCGUGUACUUCUCCCUGAGCCUCCUGCAGAUCAUGGAUGUGGAUGAGAAGAACCAAGUUUUAACCACCAACAUUUGGCUGCAAAUGUCUUGGACAGAUCACUAUUUGCAGUGGAACAUGUCCGAGUACCCGGGAGUGAAGAAUGUUCGUUUCCCAGAUGGCCAGAUUUGGAAACCAGACAUUCUCCUCUAUAACAGUGCUGAUGAACGGUUUGAUGCCACAUUCCACACUAAUGUCUUGGUGAAUGCAUCUGGGCAUUGCCAGUAUCUUCCUCCAGGCAUAUUCAAGAGCUCCUGCUACAUUGAUGUGCGCUGGUUCCCUUUUGAUGUGCAGCAGUGCAAGCUGAAGUUUGGGUCCUGGUCCUAUGGAGGGUGGUCCCUGGACCUGCAGAUGCAGGAGGCAGAUAUCAGCAGCUAUAUCCCCAAUGGAGAAUGGGAUCUCAUGGGAAUCCCUGGCAAGAGGAAUGAGAAGUUCUAUGAGUGCUGCAAAGAGCCAUACCCAGAUGUCACCUACACAGUAACCAUGCGCCGCAGGACGCUCUACUAUGGUCUCAACCUGCUCAUCCCCUGUGUGCUCAUCUCGGCCCUAGCUCUGCUGGUAUUCUUGCUCCCUGCAGACUCUGGGGAGAAAAUCUCCCUUGGAAUAACUGUCUUGCUUUCCCUGACUGUCUUCAUGCUGCUUGUGGCUGAGAUCAUGCCUGCAACAUCUGAUUCUGUGCCCUUGAUAGCACAGUACUUCGCCAGCACCAUGAUCAUCGUGGGCCUGUCUGUGGUGGUGACAGUGAUCGUGCUGCGAUAUCACCAUCAUGACCCUGAUGGCGGCAAAAUGCCCAAGUGGACCAGGAUCAUUCUUCUGAACUGGUGUGCCUGGUUCCUGCGCAUGAAGAGGCCCGGGGAGGACAAGGUGCGGCCAGCCUGUCAGCACAAGGCUCGCCGCUGCAGCCUGGCCAGUGUGGAGCUGAGCGCAGGUGCCGGGCCACCCACCAGCAAUGGCAACCUGCUCUACAUCGGCUUCCGAGGCCUGGAGGGCAUGCACUGUGCCCCAACUCCGGACUCUGGGGUGGUGUGUGGUCGUUUGGCCUGCUCCCCAACACACGAUGAGCAUCUCCUGCAUGGUGCACACCCUUCUGAUGGGGACCCCGACCUGGCCAAGAUCCUGGAGGAGGUCCGCUACAUCGCCAACCGCUUCCGCUGCCAGGAUGAGAGUGAAGUGGUCUGCAGUGAGUGGAAGUUUGCCGCCUGCGUGGUGGACCGCUUGUGCCUCAUGGCCUUUUCGGUCUUUACCAUCAUCUGCACCAUUGGCAUCCUUAUGUCAGCCCCAAACUUUGUGGAGGCUGUCUCCAAAGACUUCGCGUAAUAUCACCACAUAGGAAAUUUACUGAUAGGGAAAGUAUCUGGAGGGUAAGACUUGGAGUCCUAACCCCAUAUAACAACUCUGAAGUAUCCAUGUAGCUGUCAGUCUUGAGACUUAGUUUCCUGGUUACUUUAACUAAAAAGGUCCCAGCACCCUUCUGGUUUUUUUCUUCUCACAAUUACCAUUGGCAUAUUCUUGUCUUCAGCAGGGUUACUAAGUGGUCAUUUGCCCCCUCUGGACAGCCCUGCAGGGUAUAUCUCAGUGGCUGUUGUUGGCCAGUAGAGGCCUGUCCAGUUGGUGUUGCAUGCCUGCAUGCCCCUUGUUACGGGCUCAAAUAAGAGUUUACUGUCUGCCUGUGCCAUGCACAGACCCAGGGUGAAACCAAUGCUGAGCAGCACUCACUGGGUCCAUUUCAACAACUUCCUUGAGAAAGGAAGGUAACACAAAUUCAAUUCUCUGCAGGUAUUUUUUGUGAUUUAACUUACCUUUUUGUCUUUAUUAAUGACCAACUUUUUACCACAAAGUUGGCCUUCUAAAUGAUGUUUUCAGCAAGCUGGUUCCUGUAGCUCUGUACUGUCCAUGAAAUUAGCACACAGAUUGUGUCAGUUCUAAACUAGGACUAGCCCUAGCCAAAAGCUUUUGGAGGCUGUGGUCCCUGUAGAUAUCAAGCUUCAUGCUGUGCCCAUGUCCUGAGGGAUUACCUGAUUCUGUUUUACUGUGCAAAAGCUGAAGGGCAAAUAGAGUUCUGAGUGUUAACAAGGGAGUAGCUGAUGCUUCGCUAAACUAUUUGAUGUGUGUUUUUAAGAUAAGAGUUAUAACUGUAAUUAAUGAGGCAGUUCCACAUAAUUUAUCUGGUAAUCAAGAGAGGUUUAUUUCUGGGGUAACUUAACAGCCAACAGGGUUUGGUUACAGGAUCUGGGGAGAGAUGAGGUACCAUCCAGUGGAGAAACUCUGUCUUGGUCUCCCAUCCAGCUUCCAGGACCACGAGGUAUCCAGAAGGGGCAAGCACAUAAUGCACCUCGAGUCUUAAGGGGCUCCCUCUUAGCCACGCCCCAGGGGCAGUUCACAGGCAGGUAUGGCAGUUACCUGCUGUCACUCUAGGGGCAGUGUUUCAAGGUCAAAGCUGGAACAGCUACCCACCACAAAGAGUGUCUUAGUUGCUCCGCAAGUCAGACUUCACUGGUCUUAGAAGUUUGUGCAUCUGUAUAACUGCAUAUCACCAAGUGAACAUAUUCCGUGGUUUUCCCCAUGUUAGGGCUAGAGAGAAGCAGUUGAACCCCCUCUGGGCUACUGUAUGGCAGGAGCUGGAGAGAGGUGAUGUUGCUGGUGACUCAUUUAGAUACAGAGCUCAUGGCAUCAGGAUUUGGCUUCUGGGGAACUACCCUCCCAUGGCUUCAGGUGCAAAGCUGACUCAGGGUCAGUGCAUGGAUUCACUGGAGAUAGAUGAGCGGGUGUUGUUUGUAUGUUUUUCUCUUCUGAGUUAAGGUCUAGCUGUGUAGUUCAUAUGGUCUGUUUGCAUUUCACAUCUUAUUUGUUAAUGGGGUCUGAGGAUUCUUCACUAAGAAAAACCCUGUUCAGUUAUGUUGUCCAUUUUCUUGAAGCUUAAAACUAUACCAUGUUUCUGAGGUCCCCCCAAAAUUUAAUCUUCUGACUCCAGAGAUGGAAUCAUGCGGGAAGAUUCGAUUUCUCAGAACUAGAACAACAACAACAAAACCCACUUUUUCCUAGCCACUAAUUUUACUGCAGGAAGAUGAAGGCUUGGUGGUAGCCUGUGUGUGUGUGUGUGUGUGUGUGUGUGUGUGUGUGUGCACACCUGAAGAAAGAACAUAGUAUAAAGUGACUUGGACAAAUCUGGAGACUUCAUUGAUUUUAGCACUCACCAUCUGGAGCAGGCCAUUCCCAGCAUGCAUCUUUUACAUCCAGUAUCAACAAAUCAUGCACAAUAUUUUUUUUUUUUUGCUGGUGUUGUUUUAUUUAUUAAAGUAACUGGAAACAAAUAGGUGUGCUUUGAUACCUAAAGACCAGGCUUUGUGUCUUACUGUUAGUUAAAAAUUGAAUCCUAGUCUUUGCUUUGACUAUCUGAGUAAUUAUUGCCAUUAUAAAAAUAAUGGUAAAGUCUAGCUGUGCUCAUAGUUAGAAGAUGUAUAUGGUUCAAAAUUGUCUCCCCCUUGCUCCCAUUUCCUCCUAGGAACAGUUUUAGAGAAGAAGAAAGGAAAGAUAGGGACGGAGAGAGGGAGGAGAGCUUGGAGGGAUCGUUGUUGCUUUCCUUGAACUCAUGCUUGAAAGGUGCUUUGCAUCUAGUGUUUUGUCCUAGAGAGUUUUCCGUAAUGACAUCUAAAGGUCUACCUCAUUCCUCUUACUAGCUGCUUAGUGUUCCACUCCAUUGGUGGCUUACAAUUUGUUGGCUUAGCCUUUUACUGGUGAGCACGUAGCUACACUAUUUCCAGGUUUUAUUUUUAUACACAAGUCUGUAGUUAGCAUUUUAGUGCAUACUUUGCCAUAUUUUUUGUGACUGUAUCUUGGUAUAAAUGCCAGUUUAGAAAUGGAACUACUGGAUAUAAGACUAUGUGCAUUUAGACUUUUGAUAAAUAUUUCCAGAUGGUCCUCUGUGAACUGGAUAGCCCCACCCAGAGGACAGUUCAGGGGCCAGACUGUCAGCUUUCUGGUAUUAAAUAUUUUCAUAUUUAGUUUUUCCCUUCCCAAUCUGACUGGUAAAAAUGAUAAGGCAACAAUAUUCUGAUUUUAGUUCAUUUUACCAUGAGCAAGGUUGAAUUUUUCAAAUAUAUUUUAGUAAUUUCAAUUUUAUAUUUCUAUCUUUUAUACAAAUUUCAGUUUUUUAAUUCUUUUAAUUUUUAUUUGGCAUUUGUUUCUGAUGCUGUUUAUUGAUUGCAUAUUUAUUGACAUAUAGAAAGUUUAAAACUCUAUGUUGCUAGUUUAUUCAUGUUUUCUUUUGUAGAACAUAAGACUGCCCUCUAGGAGGUCUUCCCCAUGUUAAGUUUACAAAUAAAUUGACUCAUAGUUUCUUAACAAUAUUUUCAUUUGUUCACCUUUAUAACUAAACCUAGUUGUUCUUCUCCGAGGGUGGUCACUGGUACACCAGGCAUAUAAUAAAGCAUUUCUGUAAUACAAUGAGACUCUUCACUCUGUUCAGAUUAUCACCUUCUGUGUAAAUUGACUUUCUUGAAGUGCUGUUCUGUUUUGUUGAUUAAUCUGCCUCGAUGCUGUUGAUUUCCAAAGCUUUAUUCCUAUUAGUAUUAAUAUUUUCAUGAGGAUACUCUCUUCUGCUCCCUCCCUCUUAUUCUCUGUGUCGUAAAAGCAUCUAAUUGGGGUCACAGUGGAUUCACACAGCAGGUCUUCCUGUUUGUAAACUCCACAAUGUCAGCUUGUAUUGAGAUCUAAUUUUGUGUAGUCAGUAGGACUGUUGAGAAAAGUCCUACCAGUUUCUUGCUGUUCAUUUCUUUGUAACUUAUCAGUUGGUUACCAUCUUCAGUCUGGUGGCAUUAAUUUUGUUUUCUAGCUGAAUGUGUAGGAAAGUUGUUGAAGUGUGUAUGUUAAUGUUAAUUAGUCACCAUAAUUGUGAUCAUUUUGUUUCUAAGGUUUUCUUUUAACUCACCCUUCCCAAUAUCUUUGUUUUCUUUUCUAUCCAGUUGCACUUGAGAACAAUAAUUGGCUUGUUUGCAUACUUAUCUUGUUCUUAACGUUGAUGGAUAUUUUAAUGACUCACAGUUUUACUUGUAUGAAGACAUGUAUUUUCUUCAUCAUAAUAAAAAUUAUCCGUGUAUCCUCUCAA